CAGGGGCGGGCGGGCCGCGCCCCCGGCCUGCCCAUGGUGGGGUUCGGGGCCAACCGGAGGGGCGGCCGGCUCCCGUCCUUCCUCCUCGUGGCCCUGCUGGUGCUCAUCGCCAUCCUCGCCUUCAACUUCUGGAGCGCCUCGUCCCGCCAGGCCCUGCUGCAGGAGGAGCUGGCCGAGCUGCAGGGCCAGGCCCAGCGCGGCGAGGUGGCCCGCGGGCGCCUGGAGAAGCGCAACUCCGAGCUCCUGGUGCGCGUGGACUCCCAGCAGAAGCAGCUGGAGCAGAAGGAGGCGGACUGCAGCCACCUGAGCAGCCAGCUGCAAGCCAGGGACAGCCAGGCCGCCCGGUGCGAGGACAGCAAGAUCAAACUGCAGAACAACAUAUCCUAUCAAAUGGCAGACAUACAUCGUUUAAAAGAACAACUAGCAGAAUUGCGCCAAGAAUUCAUUCGUCAAGAGGACCAACUUCAUGAGUACAAGAAGAACAACACUUACCUAGUGAAGAAGCUGGAGUAUGAGAGUUUGCAGUGUGGACACCAAAUCAAAGAAAUGAGGAUGCAGCAUGAAGAACAUAUAAAGACGUUAAUGGACCAAGCUGCACGGGAACAAAAGGAUGCACAGAGAACCCAGGCAAGACAAGACAUUGAACUGGAUUUGAAUGAUAAUCAAGCAAUUUCUAAGACCGUUCAAGAGACAGAUGAGAAAAAUGUAGUAAAGCAUGAAGAACCCUCAAGCAAUCACAUCCCUAAUGGCAAAGAGAAAAUCAAACCAGGAGGUGACGCAGGCAUGCCUGGAAUAGAAGAGAAUGAUCCAGCUAAAGCUGAAGAUAAUCCUGCUGCUUUAAAGAAGCCCCUUAUUUCAACAUCUCAAAGUGAAGAUCAUCAACCCAAUUUGAAUCUUCCUACUUUACAGCCCCAUAUGCCAAAUAUGGCUCCAGAUUUAAAUGCUGACAAUGAGGAAAACAUUAACAUCGUGAAGCAGAUACCUCCAAAUCCUCCUCAGCUUUUGAUUCCAGAACAAAACUUGGAAAGUAAAAUAGAACACAAAAUGGAAAAAGACCUUGGAAAGCAAGUUCCAAAGGACAGAGUUGGUGACUUCCAGAAGAUGAAGCAAAGCCGAUUCUUUGAUGAGAAUGAAUCCCCUGUUGAUCCGCAGCAUGGCUCUAAAUUGGCGGAUUAUAAUGGGGAUGAUGGUAACGUGGGUGAGUAUGAGGCAGACAAGCAGGCUGAACUGGCCUACAAUGAGGAAGAGGAUGGUGAUGGUGGAGAAGAAGACGUCCAAGAUGAUGAAGAGAGAGACCUUCAAAUGGAUGUUGGAGAAUAUGGAAAGCCACGUUUCAAUGAUGUGCUUUAAACCUUGAAUUAUAUCUAAGAGUUGGCAACAGAAUGGAAGUACUGCAAAACUGAACCAUUUUUGUUUCAGUAUUCCUUAACUUAAGAUGGGAAUAAAAAACCCAAUAGGUUACUAUAAAAGAAAUUGUACUUAAUGUUAGUUAAGUAAUGGAAGAAGACAUAAAAUGCUGUUUAUAUAUAUAUAUAUAUAUGUAUAUAGUUGUACUAUUGCAAAUUGUAUUAUCAAAAUUACACUUCCGUUCUGUUACAGUGAGCCAAUUAAAUUUAAAGACUGUACCUUGUAAUAUUUGCAUUUAAAACAAACUAAUAUAUUAUCAAUUUAUGCUGAAUUGUUUCUGCAAAUUAAGAAACCUUGUAAACUGGAGAACUUGUACAGUUUGUAUCUUACAUAUGGAACAAAUAUACUGUGGAAACAAUUGGAUAGCCGAAGGUUUCCUUUUAUACAGGAUUAAAUUAUCUGUAUAAAUGAAAAUACCCCUUUGUUUUCAAUGCUGUAUUUUGUAUUUUGCAGGUAUGCUUUCAAUUGAGACAACUGAAAAUGUGUAAAAAUAUGUAAGGGUUGCACCAUCUUUAAUAACAGAGAUAGGUGACUGGAACUUUGAACAGUAACUUUCCAAAAAUCAGAGCAGUGUUAGCCUAACACAGUGACCAAAGUUUGUAUCCAUAGUAGGAAAUCAGUGAUAUUGGAGGAAUAGAAUUUGAUAGAUCCUGAAAAAAGUAUGGCUGGCUGAUUUCACCAGUCAAACUAAAAACUUAAUCAGUAUUUUAAAACUUCCCUUAGCAAAUAACGUUUCCUACAAUUUUCUUAACACUUGAAAGGGUAAAAGUGUUUCUUAAAUUAGAAGUAGUCUAAUUCUACAAAAGUUCUGUACAAAUAGUUCACAUUAGAGAAAACUAAAGGAAAGUAUGUGCAAUCCCUAGAUAUAUGAACCCUCUGAUUUCAUGAACAACUCAAGUCUGCCAUUUUAAAUUUAAAGUUUAAUACUCUGAUCUGGAUUUCUUCAAACAUCUGACAUCUGCACUGUUGCUUUUCUAUUUCUGAAGAGUUUGUUAGGUAGAUGCUUUUUGUAUUCUGGGUUUAGAUACUUGGUGAAUUCUACAGGAAUGGUUGGUGGCUUUUUUGUUUUGUUUUAAACAGUAAGUUCAAAUAUAAGGUUAUUAAUGCUACCUGCUUUUUAAAAAGGGCUACUGUGAAUAGAAUUUAUGGGGCCUAUGACAGGGGUGAUUGUACUUUGCUGUCUCUGUACUCAGGUUCAUAUUUAAAAUAGCAUAUUACAUUUAAGAUUCAUUGUGAUUAAGUGAAUAUUUUGAAUACAUUUAAAAGAUCAUAUCAGUUUUUGACUAGAAAGAUCUUCAAGUAUCAAGUCUGAAAUAUACAAUCACAACAUGAAAAUAAAUCUUUGACAAGAUUCUGUUUAAGCAUCUGACCUUUUUUUAAAGAGACUUGAGUUUUGUAUACUUAAGCCAAACCAUUCAUAAUACCUUUUAAAAAUUGCAUGGUGUGAGAGUAUAUUUUCAAUUUGAAAAUAAAAGGCUGAACGUGCACAGUGAGAUGCCAUAACACUACAAUACUAUACAAAUAUUAAAAUUCUACAACUAGCAGUCUUCAGUGGAUAAUACUGCAUUUGUACGCUGCAAGAUUUUACUUAAGAAACUUUCAGAAAUGUAAUUUUUGUCCUGAUUGAGGUGUUCAAGGAUCAGUUACUGAAACUGUUUACUGGGUUCUAAUAAAUUGUUAUGAGUUUUCA